AUGGAUUACAGCUGUCUAGACGACAACACUAGCAACAACACUUCAGAAACUCUCUCCAUGUCUAAAACCACACCAUCUCCUCCUCCUCCUCCGACAGCGAUGCGUCUCUACAGAAUGGGAAGCGGAGGAAGCAGCGUGGUUCUUGAUUCAGACAACGGCGGCGUCGAGACAGAGUCACGUAAGCUCCCCUCGUCGAAGUUCAAAGGCGUCGUCCCUCAGCCUAACGGAAGAUGGGGAGCUCAGAUUUACGAGAAGCAUCAGCGCGUCUGGUUAGGCACUUUCAACGAGGAGGAAGAAGCCGCAGCUUCUUACGACGUCGCUGCUCGGAGAUUCCGCGGCCGCGACGCCGUCACGAACUUCAAGUCUCCGGCGAGUGAUGCGGAGUCCGCUUUCCUCGAGGGGCAUUCCAAGGCCGAGAUCGUUGACAUGUUGAGGAAACACACUUACGCCGACGAGUUUCAACAGAGUAAAAAAAAGUUACUUGACGGCGGUGGUGACGGUAACGGAAAACACUGUGUUAUUAACGAAAACGACGGCGUUUUGAGAGAUUUUCUUUUCGAGAAAGCGGUUACGCCGAGCGAUGUUGGGAAGCUAAACCGGUUGGUUAUACCGAAACAGCACGCGGAGAAGCAUUUUCCGUUACCGGCGAUGACUACGAAAGGCGUUCUGAUUAAUUUGGAGGACAGGACAGGGAAAGUGUGGCGGUUCCGUUACUCGUACUGGAACAGUAGUCAAAGUUACGUGUUGACCAAGGGGUGGAGCCGGUUCGUUAAGGAGAAGAAUCUGAGAGCUGGUGAUUUGGUUUGUUUCGAGAGGUCGACCGGAUCGGACCGGAAAUUGUUUAUUGAUUGGAAAGUUCGGUCUGGUAUUGGGCGAAUUGAUCCGGUUCAGAAUGUGGUUAGGCUUUUCGGGGUCAAUAUUUUCGAUGCGACGACUAACGACGUCGUAGCGGAGAGCGGUGGCAAGAAGAGAUCUCUGGAAGUUGAUUUGUUCGCGUUAGGAUGUUCCAAGAAGCAGGCCAUAAUCAACGCUUUGUGACCAUUUCAUUUUUCAUUUUAUUUUUUUUCACAUUUAUUCGCAGAAAAAUCUAUCAAAUUGGCAAGUUGUAAAUUAGGAUAAGACAAGUAAAAUGAUGACUAGGAAAUAGUUUUUUUUUUUUUUUU